AUGGAGUCCUCGCCGGCUGCGACCAUGGCCCCGCCGCCGCCCGCGUCGUCGUCGCGGUCGAGGGACCCCCUCCUCUUCAGCAGCUUCGACCUCCCCGCCGGCUGGGGCUGCCGCAGGCCCAUGGCCUUCUGCCGAUACAUUGACGCCGCGCACGUCGACUCCGACUCUGAGCCCGCCGCCGCCGCCGCCGAGCCCCAGAACAACGCCCCCCGAUCACCGGCUAAAGGAGCCGCGGCGGUUGUGGGCCAAGAAGCUCCCCGGAGGCAGUGGAACCUGCGGGACCGGACGGCCUGGAGGGAUUACAGAGCGGAGGACGCGUGGCAGCACAAGAAGCUCGGGAACAUGGACGCCGGCGGCAAGAAGAGCCGCGGGUUCUCGGUGGCGCUAACGCGGCAGGAGAUCGAUGCCGACUUCGUCGCGAUCACCGGGCGGAAGCCGCCGCGCCGGCCGAAGAAGCGGCCCAAGAACGUCCAGCGCCAAAUCGACACGCUUUGCCCUGGGAGCUCGCUAUCGGAGAUGACCCGCGAUCGGUACAAGGUGAGCGAGUUCAUAGCAGUAUCUGCUCUAUUCAUCAAUCAGUUCUGCGCUUGA